AUGGAUUAUUUGCCCAUAGUCGUGGCACUCGUCGUCAUCGCCUCGUCCAUAGCCAUCUACCACUUUACCAGAGCCAAGAAACCAUGUCCGGCCAACCUGCCACCGGGCUCCCUCGGCCUCCCGGUGAUCGGCCAGAGCCUCGCCCUACUCCGAGCCAUGCGCGGCGACGGUGGCAGCCGGUGGAUACGGGAGAGGAUCGACAGGUACGGGCCGGUGUCAAAGCUGUCGCUGUUCGGCACGCCGACGGUGCUCCUGGCGGGGCCGGCGGCCAACAAGUUCAUGUUCUUCAACAGCGCGCUGUCGACGCAGCAGCCCCGGUCCGUCCAGCGGAUACUCGGGGAGAAGAGCAUACUGUACCUCCACGGCGCCGAACACCGGCGCGUCCGCGGCGCGCUGCUGGAGUUCCUCAGGCCGGACAUGCUCAAGAUGUACGUGGGCAGGAUCGACGGUGAGGUGCGGCGCCACCUCGAGGAGAACUGGGCCGGACGGGCGACCGUGACGGUGCUGCCGCUGAUGAAGCGGCUGACGUUUGACAUCAUCUCGGCGCUGCUCUUUGGCCUCGAGAGGGGUGCCACGCGGGACGCCCUUGCCGACGACUUCGUGCGCAUGAUCGAAGGAAUGUGGGCCAUCCCGGUGAACCUGCCGUUCACGGCGUUCAGCCGGAGCCUCAAGGCCAGCAGCAUGGCUCGCCGGGUGCUCGAGGGGAUCACGCGGGAGAAGAAGGCUAGACAGAUGGAGCACGGCAAGGCGUCGUCCAACAACAACGACCUCAUCACCUGCCUGCUCAGCCUGACGGAUGACCAUGGCGAUCGGUUGCUGACCGAUGAGGAGAUUGUGGACAACUCCAUGGUCGCUCUUAUCGCUGGCCACGACACCUCGUCCAUCCUUAUGGCGUUCAUGGUCCGCCAACUCGCCAACGAUCCGGUCACUCUAGCUGCCAUGGUCCAAGAGCAUGAAGAGAUUGCCAAGAACAAGGCUGAAGGAGAGGCUCUGACCUGGGAAGACCUGACGAAGAUGAAGUUCACAUGGCGAGUCGCGCAAGAAACACUUCGCAUCGUCCCUCCGGUCUUCGGCAACUUCAGAAGAGCACUCGAGGACAUCGAAUUCGAUGGCUACUUCAUCCCAAAAGGAUGGCAGGUGUUUUGGACAGCAAACGUGACGCACAUGGACGCAAGUAUCUUCCACGAGCCGGCCAAGUUUGACCCAUCCCGGUUUGAGAACAAAGCAGCGUCGACAACACCACCAUGCUCCUUUGUCGCCUUUGGUGGUGGCCCUAGAAUAUGCCCUGGAAUAGAGUUUUCCAGGAUCGAAACGCUGGUGACGAUGCACCACCUGGUGAGGCAGUUCAGAUGGAAGCUGUGCUGCAAGGAGAACACUUUCGUGAGGGAUCCCAUGCCAUCGCCGCUGCAUGGCCUGCCAAUCAAAAUCGAGCACAUAUCCUCUCCUUGA